GGACGCCACAAGGAUGCACAUUAACUUCAUUUUAUUCUACGUGACCGCUGUGUCUUACUGCAUUGUUUUCUCUAAAACACCAAAACUAACGCAGUUUGUUGAUCUGCACAAUGAUGGAAGACUGAGAGUGCAAAAAGGCGAGGUUCCUGGCCAUCCGUGUGCCAGAUAUAUGCCCCCAGUUGAAUGGGAUGAAGAGUUGGCGAGGAAGGCGCAAGAGUGGGCAAACAAAUGCAAAGCAGAGCACAACAGCAACGAGAAUCGCAGAACGAGCAAGUUCCGUGUGGUCGGUCAAAAUCUGGCCAUGGGAUAUGAUUUGCAGGCAGCUUACGAAGCAUGGUUUGCGGAAUACAAAGAAUACAAUUACGCGACUAGAGAAUGUGUCGGUAUGUGUGGACAUUACACUCAGGCUGUAUGGAACGAAACCACCCACAUAGGCUGUGGCUAUGCCGAAUGCCCUUCUCAACGAUGGCGCCAUAUAUUUGUCUGUAACUAUGGCCCAGCGGAACAUGAGGUUGAGAACUCUUACCGGGGAGAUCGUGGUUCUGCCACCGUACGAGGCGUCAGACACAUGUCCAGGGACUCCACAAAAAUGUACAUCAACUUCAUUUUAUUCUACGUGACCGCUGUGUUUUACUGCUUUGUUUCCUCGGAAACACCAGACCUAAUGCAGUUUGUUGAUCUGCACAAUGAUGGAAGACUGAGAGUGCAAAAAGGCGAGAUUCCUGGCCAUCCAUGUGCCAAAUAUAUGCCUUUAGUGAAAUGGGAUAAAGGGUUGGCGAGGAAGGCGCAAAAGUGGGCAAACAAGUGCAGACCAGAGCACGACAACCGCAAGAAUCGCAAGACCAGCAAGUUCAGUGUGCAAACUGGACAAACCCGUAAGGAGGUUCUAACUGGAAGGCUUCAAUACAUUUUAAAUCGCACCACAUGUAUUCUGCCUUUGACCUGUGGGUAG